AUGGUUCUUAUAAUGUGUGGGAACUUACUUGUAAUAAUCUCCAUCAUUUACUUCAAACAGCUCCACACUCCUACAAACUAUCUUAUUCUCUCUCUGGCUGUGACUGACCUGUUAGUAGGAGUUGUAAUUUUGCCUUUUAGCAUGAUAAUCUCUGUAAGUUCAUAUUGGUGUCUUAAAGAUUUAUUCUACAGAUAUUAUGCAGUGUGUCAGCCUCUGAGGUACAAAACUAAAAUAAAUGUCCGUGUUGUUGUGAUCAUGAUCCUGGUGAGCUGGACUGUUUCUGCUCUACUUGGAAUUGGUAUCGCAAUAGGACCCAAUCGAGGACAAUAUAACAAAAAAUGUCCUUUAUUUCAAAGUACAAGCUCAACAAUUAUUGGACCUGUUUUUGGAUUUUACCUCCCAGCUUUUAUAAUGUUCACCAUCUACCUAAAGAUUUUGACAGUGGCACAGAGACAGGCACGAAGUAUCCAGAACACAACAAAGACUGAAGCAACUGUCAGUAAGACGGAGAGAAAGGCCACAAAAACUCUGGCUAUUGUUUUGGGGGUUUUUCUCAUUUGUUGGACUCCUUAUUUUCUUUGCAUCACCUUUCUCCCUUUGAGCAAUUACACAAUACCAGUUACUGUAAUUGAGACAUUUAAGUGGCUUGGAUGGUCAAAUUCAAUGCUCAAUCCAUGUGUUUAUGCAUUCUUUUACAGCUGGUUUCGAUCAGCUAUCAGAAUGAUCAUUACUGGGAAAAUAUUUCGAGGUGAUUUUUCUAAUUCUAAACUGUUGUGA